AUGCUAACGCCUGCACAAGAAUGGGGUCUAUCCGGGAACGAUCGUCGUUUGGUCUACACCUCGGGCAGGAGUGCCAUAUUGUACGGAAAUUUCACUCCACCCAAGUGUUCCGGGCGUCCAGCUUCUCCACAAUUCCUGUCUCUGCUGAACGGUCUUUUGGUGAAGUCUCCUCGAAAACGCCUAUCCUCUGCUCAAGUGAUUCAUCAUGAAUUCUGGCAGUUCCAUUUGCAAGAUAUCGACACAAUGUCUUCGACAACCGAACCGGUGUUUACGGAGGACACUUCAUCGAUUUCCAAUAACCAGAACGGUCAAGGCCAAUCAGCUGUCCGAUUAAAUGGCGUGAAGAAUUCUCAAGAAGCCGAGAAUGAAUACAAUCCGGGAGAGCUGCACUCGACCGAGGUGCGUGCGCCACCGGUUGAGGACCGGGUUGCCACAGACAAUCAGCGUUCGAAUUUACCGAGCCUAGAUAUUCCGGCAACAACUAUGCAUGCAGACGCUGCCAAUUUCACACUGCAUGCAAUGUCCAACGUCAGUCCUUCUCCGUCCAAUCGGACCGCGUUUGGGGAGCCGGAAUUUGAGCGUCCAGCGACGGAAGACGCGGAUGAACAAUCGAAGACCGGUGCAUGGGAACCAAGUGCUCGAAUGGUUCAGAGCGAAUACCAACGACCUUUGUCUAGGAACGAAGACGAUGUCGCACGGACCGAAACGGUUCGCAUGAGAAAAGUUUCGAUAGCAGAUGAAGCCAUGCUUGGAGAAUCCGGUGGAGCUACUUCUGAUGAGGCCAAGUUUACACCACGCCCGGUGCCCCUGGCUACUCGUGCUGACCUUGCAACAACUUAUCCUUGGGGUGAUGAUUCUCCGAAUCUACCUCACGAGAUGCGAUUGAUGGUUUCCUUAUGGAGCUAUGUUCAAGGUAUUCCUCCCUCGGAAUCGGCCACCCGAAAACAGCGCCUGAGUGUUGGUUCUUUGAAUCAGCUAUCCAGUUGGCGUCCACGACCACUAAACGACUACGUGCGGUGGAUUCGGGCUUCUCCUCCGAACAAGGUGGAAGGGCUCGCUUAUGUUUAUAAUGAAGCAAAGCUGCGCGCAGACCCGAUUGAAAACAUUGAGGCACAUAUCGGCGAGGUUAUCGCUUUGUUCCAAAGUCGUCCGUCAGAUCCCAACGAUAGUUCAUCCAACCGACUGGGACGGGGCUUCUCGACUAGGUCAUCCGUACGAUAUACCAAAUCAACUUUGAUAGCCUACUCCAUCUGGUUGAUGGCCUCUACCACUUCCACUGUAUCGCGCAAUCAGCAAUCUACCGCAGCUCGUCACGAGCAGUUCAAACUAUGUGGAAUAACUUACUGUCCAAAGUUUUUAGUUGAGAUCACGCGUCAGCUGAAAUCGAACUCCGUCACCUUGCCAAUAGACACUCGGGUUGGUCUGUGCCAGCUCACGAGCUUGUUGGCCCAUCGUAUUGCAAGCGCGGCAUUUCAACGCACCAAUGACGAUUCCAAACCGGCAAACCGACAGCAAGAGCUACCUUGGAAUUCGAUCAUGCCCAACCUGUCGAGCUGUCUGUCUUCUCUGGUUGAAACUCUACGUGAGCCAGCGUCGAGAACUGGACCGCGUCUGCGUCAAGUAGCGACUAUCGCCCUGGGAGAGGUGAUUACGUGUGCCAUCUGUCUGGUUCAGUAUUCUGUCAAAGAAACGGAAAUCACUGGUGUCAGGGAUAGUAUUUUGUCCGAAAUACAACCUAGUCAAUGGCAAACUGUUGUCCAUCACUUGAUUCGAUGCCUCUCACCAACAAACUCUGGCACUGGGUCAGCUUCAGACGGAGGUUCUGUUCUGGAUCAGUUCGAUUUUGCAGUUGCCGAUGGUAUGGGAAAAGGAACUGGUGCUACAGAUGCUGGUGGAGGUGGGCUUGAAUCCCCACCAGUUGUCAGAGCCACCGAACUGCAUGUGCGACUUGGGGCCGCUCGUUCUCUUGACGCCUUCGUGACGACCAUUCUCGGAUGCCAGUUGCAUGAUCUCACCGUUAGUGGAUCCCUGUUCGCCGCCGCAACCGCGUGCACGCAGGCCAUUGUUACGGCAGAAGUGGUCUCACAAUUGUGGACAAGCGGUAUGUGUGAUCCUCCAGUGUCCAAACAGAUUUCCACUGGCAUUAACGUCAUCCAUCGCAAUCAAUUACACCAGGAGAUUAGUUUAUCAUGUUCCAGCGCCCUCGCUGGUAUCGUACGAAUCAAUCCCAGUCUGUUUGUUAACGGACUGGUUGAGCGAAUUGGGGCGACCGCUUUCACGAACCUUUUAGAACCCCCUGCUGGAGGACCAGCCUGUCAGCAAACCAGUCUUGUGGUGCGUUUGCUUUCAAUGGCCGCUACCGGCUUGUUGACCCCUUUGGUGAACCAAUCGACCGCAAAUACUUCCACUACAAAAAAUCGACGUCACAGCGGAUUCUUGAGUGGUGCCAGUCUGUUCACACGACAGCAUAGCGUCCCUUCAGGCGGGGGUGCUGGAACUCCGGCCGCGUGUCGACGUCUACUAUCAGAUCAGCGCUUUAUGACUGCUGUCUUCCGUCACUUAAAAAGUCCACACGCGAUGCUUCGUUCAAAGUCCUAUUUGUUGUGUUCGGCCAUUCUUACUACAUGUCCCAAAGACAGUUUCCCUUUGGCAUUUGAUGCCAAUUUACCAGCCUACUUGGAACGAGACUUGAAAGCGACGCGGAGUCUUCAAAGCCGCUAUGUGGACACGCAGUCAAUGAGUACGGCCAUCGGUUCCACAGCUGAGAUGUCAGGCUCUACCUCUAUGGUCUACUUGGCUGCUUGCACCUUGCACUUCACUGACGUUUUGGUUACCCAUCUUAUUCCGUUGGUGUGCCAGCAGUUGCUCAUCUCCUUAGGGUGCAUCAGCCCCGCAACCUCGACCAGUCGACAAUCGGGUGGUCGCAAACACUCACGACCGCACACUAUUUUGGGAAAUCCCCGUGCUAACCAGUUACCGCCUGCUUCAAGUACCUCAUGUUUGAAUACGAUCGUGGCUGUGCCGAAUCUGAAUGUAACUCGUACCUGGCUGCCAGCAUUCUCCUGCAUCGCAACGCUACUUAGCACCAGUAUUACGGUCCGUAUGAGGCUGUUGGUUCCCGAAUCGAUGCAGCUAUGCAGUAGCAACAGCAGUAGCAAUGACGAGGUGAAGCGUUCCGGUUUCUGUCUUCUCUCGUUUCUCGGUCGAAUGCUGGAUUUAUGGGCUUCUGUUGAUCCAAUCAGCUCGGCAGUCUCGGUUGCUGGAGUACACCAGUCAGGAACUGUGGAGAGUCAAGUGCUCACUGUCACAUUGACUAUCACAGAGGAUUUGAGUCAACUGGCCGAGGUCGUCGAAGCGAAACGUCGGGAAUUUGUCUGUCUUAUCCUUCCAGGGCUUGCUCGUCUAGCGGUGGCUCCCAGAGCUCGUCCAGAAACACGAGCCAUAUGUGUGAAAAUCAUCGCAAAUCUGGCUCAAAUCCUUUUGGGAGAAAGUGAUACUCUUAGCUCGGCGAACAGUAUGAGUGAUAUACCCAACGUGCCGGGCACUGCAGGAGCCGACGUCACAGUGCACCCAGCUGACCGACCCCUAAGUGCAGAUGUUGAAGUUCUCCUGAAGGAACUGAAUGCACCAACUAUCUAUGAACGUGCACAGAGUGUGGUCGAUUUGUGUGUCGAUAAACCUGAAGCGGUUAUGUCCCAAUCGUACUAUCCUUCCGGGUCACCUCGGAACAAACCAAAUCGACCGGACAGACGAGCCCCGAUUGCUGCAACCCUUGGCGCGGCCGUCCAACCACCCACAGCUGACGUGCUCAUAACGUUGUUCGAUAUUGUCAACAGGCUGAUGAUUCCUUAUGCCGACCGAAUUGUCCAUUGCCAGGAGGCAACUGCCCCAACUGCAUUUAUCUGCCUGAUAAACCGCCUUUUAACAGCAGUCCCCGUCCCCAACCCUUCAGUCCCCGACACCGCUCCCCAUGUCCCAACACCCAAGGGCGAUUGUGCUCCCUCGCAAACUGAGCCGCCAGUUUCCAGUUUGCAGGCCGCCCGCACUCUGGUCUCCAAGAUCGGAACCUAUGGGUUAGAUGUGUCCCUGAUUCGUCUAUUGGCCGCACAACUUUUGACCCCCGUCGAACUAGACACUAUGUCCUCUUCUCAAAAUGCGAUCAAAUCACAAGGAACUGUUGCUUCGCUUCUUUGUUUGAAUCUUCUUCAUCUUAUCCCCUUAUUGUUGCGUUGGUCUAAAGAGUCACGACCCAGUCAUCUGAUUAUCGAUCUGCGUUUGCUGGAGCUGAUUGCAAUUGCUUGUUUGGAACUUGGAUCUCUUCUUCUUCCUCACUCGUCUGUGCCCGUCGAUCAAGACGAAGUUGGUCCUCGUCGAACUAAGAGUAGCACCACCGGUCCCCAGAGUUCGACAAAAGCCACAAGUAAAACGUGUUCUUCUGCACCUGGCAAGCGCACUCCACGGAAGCCAUUGACUGGCCAGACCUAUUCUGCAUCUACUCAACUCCAUGUAUCCAUGCUAGCUGGCCUGGAAGCCAUGAAUGCCUUGUUGAACCACGUCGCGAACGUGGUCCGAAUCGCUCUGGCUGCACGUGCCACAAACACCCCCGAAGGAGAAACUGCUGCAAUGGCAGCGGAGGAGAUUCUAGCAGCUUCUCGACCUCCACCAGCCCUUGCUGGCCUACUUGCUCGUCUAAUUGGCCUAUGGCGACCGAGGCCUCAGCCAGAGGGCGACAACUCCGAGGCGUGCGCGGUCGAAAAUUCCAUGGAUGAAGAUGCUUGUUUUCAGUUGUGCGAAGCUGCCAUCACAAGCCUCACCAACUUUGCAUCCCUUUACGGUGGUGAACACUCACGAAGCGCUCUAACGCCUUCUGCAGCGGCAUCUCUAUCCCUGUGUCUCUUACGAUUGGCUGAUGAGGAUCGACGGAUUCAAGAAGAACGAACUACUACCGGUUCCACAUAUUCCCCACGUGCACCCUCUACUCCUGACACAAACAGGGCCACUCCUCAAGCUCGUCGCCGUAUGCGUUUGUUGCUUCGUAUAAUCCGGCGACUCGUUUCAUCUGAUCCAGUGUGCAGUUCCCGUCUGGCUGCAGAGGCUCUUGAGACAGGGACAACUAACCUAUAUACCACUUUGGUGUUUCUGCUUCACAGGACCCAGCGUUACGCCGAUGCAUCCACGGCAAAACUACUUCGUGAAAUAGUUAACUUUGUUUCCCCGAAAACUCGUGUCGGUGCGGAAACUAACGGAAUGACGAUUGCCAGGAACGAAGCUGCUAGUCACAGGUCGUCCGUGUGUAACGGGCAUUCCCACCAGAGUUCUGCUGCAGUUGUCUAAUCAGCAAACCGUGUCGCUCAUCAACCUGCUUCCGAAUCUCUAUACCAGUGACUCCUGACCCGGUCGUAACUUUACGAUUCUAUACUUUUCACCUACAUAUUGCUUUCACCCUUGCCUCCACCUCCCACACCCAUGUGGCCUUGAUCCCUCAGCGCUAUCUUCCCUGUACAUAUCAAGUUGGGGCAUUCCAUGACCUGGCAAUGGAUCGUCUGGCCAGUUGGUUCAGUGUCCGAACUGCACUGUUGAGAUCCGUCACUCUUUAACCAACGUCGCCCUAUUCGCGUUCGGACCUACAUAAUUGCUGUGAUUAUUAGAUUUUUUCUUACUGUCCUUCUUGUUAUCCUCAUCUCAUUCUUUAUUUGUUUACUAUUCGCAAUGAACAAGUAACUUUAC